AAUUUCGAUUUUGAAGUCCAAAACACUAAAACCAAUAUUAAUCCAUAAUCCAUCAGACGACCAGAAUCAACAUCAGAUAACCACCCACCAACCAACAACCUCAGGUCCUCAACCCUCGGACAUACGGUUUCAGACCAAAAUAUCAUUGACUUUAUUUUUUUUAACAGAUCCAUGUUCUUAAAAUCUCAAAAAGCUCCGCUCCAUCAUUGUUAAUGGCGGGUAGCGGAACACUGAGAAUCAAGAAGAAAAAACCCGAACGAUCCAAUUCAGUUCACCACUCGUCAAUGCCUUCUAUUUCUUCAACUCCGCCUUAUCUAUGGCUAACUCGAAGUAUCCCAAUUAUUGUUAUUUUUUGUAUCCUCUUUUUCUUGGGCGUUUCUUCGCAUUCCUGGGUUACUUUCCCUCAAACUUCCCUUAAAACCCAUUCACCCCAGAUUUUUACUGCUGAUGUUGUCCAUGAAUUUCCCCAUGAUCGCCAAGCUUUUACUCAGGGUCUUAUAUAUUGGAAAAAUGACACUCUUUAUGAAUCAAUUGGUCUUUAUGGCCAGUCUGCUGUGCGGAAGGUAGCUCUUCGUACAGGAAAGGUUAAGGCUGAGAACAAGAUGGAUGAUUCUUCAUUUGGGGAAGGAUUAACACUCCUUAAUGAAAGAUUGUAUCAAUUGACUUGGUUGCAGAAAAUUGGCUACAUUUAUGAUAGAAGUAAAUUAAGCAAAAUUGCAAAAUUUACUCAUCAAAUGAAUGAUGGAUGGGGGUUCGCAACUGAUGGAAAAAUUUUGUUUGGAAGUGAUGGUUCUUCAACAUUAUAUCAAAUGGAUCCUCAAACUAUGAAAGUAAUAUCAAAGCAAAUCAUUAGAUACGAAGGUCUUGAAGUACACAACCUGAAUGAAUUAGAAUUUGUGAAUGGUGAAGUGUGGGCAAAUAUUUGGCAGACUGACUGCAUUGUUAGAAUAUCUCCUGAAGAUGGCACUAUUCUUGGGUGGAUUCUUCUUCCCCAAUUGAGGGAAGGAUUGGUAGCAGCCGGUGAAAAGGAUAUUGAUGUUUUGAAUGGCAUAGCUUGGGAUAGCAGCACACAACGCAUCUUCGUAACGGGUAAACUUUGGCCCAAGUUGUUCGAGAUCAAGCUGAAACCGAUGAAGGGAUUUUCUCCUGAGAAGCUUAAGCAACUAUGCAUCCAACCACCAGUUCACUUUUAAAGCAGCCCAACACCCGUAUCUGCUAUCGAAGUUCUAAGAUAUUGCUCUUUGUUUUGAAUACAAAUGAAUUUGUGAGGGUAACUGUAACUAUUUUAGCAAUCUCAAAGAGACAGAGUAAUAUAUAUUAUUGAAGUUGUUCACCUCCAUGUUCUGUAAUCUAUUUAUGAUGUUAGCAUUUUCAAUGGUUCACUUGUAGUUUUGUUGUUUAUUUGAAGUAUACAAGAGAUAACUUAGCACUUAGCACUUAGCACUUAGCACUUAGCACUGAGGGUCUGAGGCUAAGGUAAAAGUUAAUUGUGCAAAAUGUUAUGUUGUUUUAAAAUGUAAAUUUGAACCACCCGUUUGGUAGGUGGUUUUAAAUGGUAGUAAUGAAAAUGAAAAUUAGUGUAAUUUUGGUUGAGAAA